AUGGAGCUGUGGAGGGUGGAGCUGUGGAGGAUGGAGCUGUGGAGGGUGGAGCUGUGGAGGGUGGUGCUGCUGGUCUGGCUGUGGACCUCUGCAGGAGGACAGGAGCCAGAGACAGUGUCCUGUGUCGUCAUGGAGACCUGUGUCCUGCCCUGCAGCUCUGAUGGGGGUGAGGUCAUACUGAUCCAGUGGGUCAAAACUGAAGAGAACCUCCUGGUUCAUGCUUUCCAGUACGGCACAGAUCAUCUGAAGAAGCAGGCUGAGACCUUUAGGGGGCGCACUUCCCUGUUUCCUGAGCAGAUCUCCAGAGGAAACGCCUCUCUGCAGCUGUCCCACGUGAAGGUGUCCGACCAGGGAUCAUACCUCUGUCAGACCUUCACCAGCAACUCUGGAGCAAAGACCUGGGUCCACCUGAGAGUGAAAGGUCCGGUGGUGUCCCUGCAGUUGGAGCUUAAAGGAGACGUCCUGGUCUGCAGCUCUGAGGGCAUCUACCCUGAGCCCAGUGUGACCUGGGCCCCUGACUCCGCCCACCAAACCCAGGUGCAGCCAAUGGAUGAGCAGCUCUACUCCGUGAGGAGCUCGCUCGCCCUGGAGCCCCGCCCCCCUCAGCGGUUCACCUGUAACAUCAGCACCUCCCACAGCUGGAGGAGCGCCACCUACAGCCUGCACCCUCCAGUGGACAUGUCCUCAGAGGUGACCCUGCCCUGCACCUCCUCGUCUGCUCCUCCUGCUCCAGUGGAGAGCCUGAGGUGGACCUUCAACCGGGUCCAGACCGUCCUGAGCCGGAGCGGAGCGGACGUGUCCUACGGCGCCUCCUGGAGGACGUUUGUGGAGGACGUGUCAGAGACGGGUGAUCUGAGUCUGAAGAACCUGAGUCCAGAGCAAGAAGGAGUUUAUCUGUGUGAAGUCCACACACAGCAGCACAAGGACAUGUCCACAACACGGGUCCAACGCACAGCAGAGGGCCCUGUGGGCCCUGGGGGCCCUGGGGGCCCUGGGGGCCCUGGGGCCCCUGUGAUCGGAGGCUCAGUGUGUGGGGCCCUCGUCCUUCUCCUCGUCGUCUUCUUCUUCUUCUUCUUCCUGUGGAAACGUCAAAAGGACAAAGAGCCCCAAAAUCGAGAUGCAGAAGAACAAGACACUUUACUGGAGGACAGAGGAGGUCCUGCUGCUCUGGAGCUCCUGCUGCAGGAGACUUUUGGAGCUCUGUCUGAGGAAGAAUCUCUAAAGUUGAUGAGUUUCCUGGAGGACCAGAGUUUGAUGGGAGAGUUCUCCAUCCUUCACAGAAAUGAUGUGGAGAAAGACGACCUCGUGAAGAGCAUGGUUCAUGUUUACGGCGUCCACAGCAUCACUGUGACCCACAGGCUCCUGCAGAAGCUCCAGAGGAAAGAUCUACUGAAGAAACUGUCCCAACGGAAGUGUGAUCCUGAAGAGAUCAUCAGGAGGAGCUCAGAGGACAUGAAGUCCAGACUGAGACAGAGGUUUAAGUUCCUCACAGAGGACCUCAGAGGAACCACAGAGGAGAUGGAGUUUGAUGAAGGCUUCACAGAGCUCCUCAUCACUGUGGGAGACUCUGGACAGAACCACCAGGACCAUGAGGUCAUACAGAUGGAGACACUGUCCAGGAGACCAGCCAAUGAGACUGUCCAGUGUCAGGACAUGUUUAAAGCCCGCCCACAUUCACCAGAGCCAAUCAGAGCGGUGCUGAUGAAGGGUGUGGCCGGUGUGGGGAAAACAGUGCUGACUCAGAAGUUGAGUCUGGACUGGGCUGAAGGCCACGCCCUCCAGGACCUCCAGCUGCUGUUCCCGUUCACUUUCAGAGAGCUCAAUGUGCUCAGAGACACACAGUUCAGCCUGGUGGGACUGCUGCACCACUUCUUCAGUCCAUCCAAAGAUCUGUGCAGCUUCCAACAGCUCCAGGUGCUCUUCAUCUUUGACGGUCUGGACGAGUGCAGACCUCCUCUGGACUUCAGCAGAACCCGAGUCCUGACCGACCCCACAGAGUCCACCUCAGUGCACGUGCUGCUGGUAAACCUCAUCAGGGGGAGUCUGCUUCCCUCCGCUCGCCUCUGGAUAACCACGCGCCCCGCCGCGGCCAAUCAGAUCCCUGCUGAGUGCGUCUCCAUGGUGACAGAGGUCAGAGGGUUCACCGACCUGCAGAAGGAGGAGUACUUCAAGAAGAGGUUCAGAGGACAGGCCACAGCCAUCAUCUCCCACAUCAAGAACAUCCGCAGCCUCCACUUCAUGAGUCACAUCCCGAUCUUCUGCUGGAUCCUCUCCACAGUUCUACAGAAGCUUCUGGAACAAACAGAGGAACCAGAGCUGCCCCGGACUCUCACACAGAUGUACGUCCACUUCCUGGUGGUGCAGGCCAAAGUCCAGAACAUCAAGUAUCACCAGGGAUCAGCGGCUGAUCCACACUGGACUACAGAGACCAAGAAGAUGGUGGAGUCUCUGGGAAAACUGGCCUUUGAGCAGCUGCAGAAAGGAAACCUGAUCUUCUACGAGUGUGACCUGAGGGAGUGUGGGCUGGAUGCUGCAGCGGCCUCAGUGUACUCUGGAGUGUUCACACAGGUCUUUAGAGAGGAACCAGGCCUGUACCAGGACAAGGUCUACUGCUUCAUCCAUCUGAGUGUGCAGGAGUUUCUGGCUGCUCUUCACGUCCAUCAGACCUUCUUCAGCUCUCAAGAGAACCUGCUGAAUCCACCACACUCAUCUAAGGAUCCUUACACCGUGACCUUCUACCGCUCUAAUGUGGACCAGGCCUUACAGAGUCCAAACGGACACCUGGACCUGUUCCUGCGCUUCCUCCUGGGGCUGUCUCUGUCGACCAAUCAGAGGCUGCUGCAGGGUCUGCUGACUCACACAGGAAGUGACCCAACCAAUCAGGAGACAAUAAAGUACAUCUAUAAGAAGCUGAAUGACAAGAAAUUGUCUGCAGAGACAAAACUGAACCUGCUCCAUUGUCUGAAUGAGAUGAACGACCUCAGUCUAGUGAAGGAGAUACAGGAGGACAUGAGAGGAGGACACCUCGCUGGUAAAAUCAUGUCUCCUGCUGAUUGGUUGGCUCUGUCCUUCCUCUUACUGUCCUCAGACUCAGACCUGGAGGAGUUUCACCUGAGGAAAUACCAGGCCUCAGAGAGAGCUCUCCUGGGUCUGCUGCUGGUGGUCAGAGCCUCCACCAAAGUCCUUCUGAUUGGCUGUGGACUGUCCCCUCACAGCUGUGGGCCUCUGGCCUCAGUCCUCAGCUCCUCCAGUCUCACACACCUGGACCUCAGUCAGAACAACCUCGAGGACUCAGGAGUGGAGCUGCUGUGUUCUGGACUGAAGAGCGCCCCCUGCAGACUGGAGAGGCUCAGUCUGUCCCUCUGUGGACUGUCCCCUCACAGCUGUGGGCCUCUGGCCUCAGUCCUCAGCUCCUCCAGUCUCACACACCUGGACCUCAGUCACAACGACCUCCAGGACUCAGGAGUGGAGCUGCUGUGUUCUGGACUGAAGAGCGCCCCCUGCAGACUGGAGACGCUCAGGCUGUCUGGAUGUCUGGUCUCACAGAGGGGCGGGGCUGCUCUGGCCUCAGCUCUGAGCUCCGCCCCCUCCCACCUGAGAGAGUUAGACCUGAGCUACAACCAUCCAGGACCCUCAGCCGAGCUCCUGACCGCUCUACAGGACCAGCGCCCCCUGCUGUGUGUCAGGUUGGAUCCUGCUGGAGAGCGCUGGAUGGUCCCAGGUCUGAGGAAGUACUCCUGUGAGUUCUCUCUGGACCCAAACUCAGCUCACAGACGUCUCCUUCUGUCUGAGGACAAUCGGACUGUGACACGUGUGAAGGAGGAUCAGAAGUAUCCACAUCAUCAGGACAGAUUCACUGACAAUCCUCAGGUCCUGAGCUCCACUGGCCUGAGGGGGCGCUGUUACUGGGAGAUGAAGUGGAGAGGGGAGUGGGUUUGUGUAGCAGUGAGUUACAGAGGGAUCAGACGGACAGAAGAGGAGUGUCUGUUUGGACACAACGAUCUGUCCUGGAGUCUGGAGAUCGACAGAGGAGUGUGUUUUACCCGUCACAACAAAGAGAAAAGAAGAGCCUGUGAUUGUCUCACCUCCUCAGGGGGCGUAAUCUCAGGCAAAGCGGGCGUGUCAUUGGGCAGAGUGGGCGUGUUCCUGGACUCUGAGGCUGGAGCUCUGUCCUUCUAUCAGGUCUUCUCUGAUGGACGACUGUCCCACAUCUGGACCUUCUCCUCGUCCUUCUCUGAGCCUCUGUUUCCAGGGUUUGGUCUGUUCACUGAAGGUUCCUCUGUGUCUGUGGUGAACCUGAGCAGGACCUGA